AUGACAAAACAAAACGAAACAAAAACUGCCAGUUUGAACGCUAAAACUCUUAAGAGUUUUCAAUCUGCCUUACCAAUACCUACUUACAACAGAGAAGGUGUUAAACAAGGGAUCGUCCAUCUAGGGGUCGGUGCAUUCCACCGUUCCCAUUUGGCCGUUUUCAUGCAUCGCUUGAUGCAAGACCACAAUUUGAAAGACUGGUCCAUCUGCGGUGUUGGUUUAAUGAAGGCAGAUGCUGCUAUGCGCGAUGCCAUGAAGGCCCAAGAUUGCCUGUACACCGUCGUGGAGCGCGGUAUCAAAGACGCCAAUGCCUACGUUGUCGGUUCCAUCACCGCCUAUAUGUACGCACCCGAUGAUCCAAGAGCUGUUAUUGAAAAGAUGGCCAGUCCAGACACACACAUUGUAUCUCUGACCGUCACCGAAAACGGUUACUACCACAGUGAGGCAACAAACUCUUUGAUGGCUGAUGCUCCCGAGAUUGUCAACGAUUUGAAUCACCCAGAGAAGCCGGACACUCUCUACGGGUACCUGUAUGAGGCUCUAUUACUGCGUUACAAAAAAGGCCUCACUCCCUUCACCAUCAUGUCGUGCGAUAACAUGCCCCAGAACGGUGUCACAGUCAAGACUAUGCUUGUUGCGUUUGCCAAGUUAAAGAAGGAUGAAAAGUUCGCUGCUUGGAUUGAAGACAAGGUCACUUCUCCCAACAGCAUGGUUGAUCGUGUGACACCACGCUGUACCGACAAGGAGCGUAAGUACGUCGCUGACACAUGGGGUAUUAAGGACCUAUGUCCGGUUGUUGCCGAACCCUUCAUCCAAUGGGUUCUUGAAGACAACUUCUCUGACGGUCGUCCUCCUUGGGAACUUGUUGGCGUCCAGGUUGUCAAGGACGUGGACUCCUAUGAAUUGAUGAAGCUGCGUCUGCUUAACGGUGGGCACUCAGCUAUGGGAUACUUGGGAUACUUGGCAGGCUACACCUAUAUACAUGAGGUUGUCAACGACCCAACUAUCAACAAGUAUAUCCGUGUUCUAAUGCAUGAGGAAGUUAUCCCAUUGUUACCCAAAGUGCCAGGCGUCGAUUUCGAAGAGUACACUGCGUCUGUGUUGGAAAGAUUCUCUAACCCAGCAAUUCAGGACACCGUUGCCCGUAUCUGUUUGAUGGGCUCAGGUAAGAUGCCUAAGUACGUUUUACCCUCCAUCUAUGAGCAGCUACGUAAACCAAAUGGCAAGUACAAGCUGCUGGCCGUGUGUGUCGCUGGUUGGUUCCGUUAUCUGACCGGUGUUGACAUGGACGGAAAACCAUUUGAAAUUGAGGACCCUAUGGCCCCAAUUUUGAAGGCAGCUGCCGUUAAGGGCGGUAGAGAUCCCCACGAAUUGCUGAACAUCGAAGUCCUUUUCAGUCCUGAGAUUCGUGAAAACAAGGCCUUUGUUGCGCAGUUAACCCACUCGCUCGAGACAGUCUAUGAUAAAGGGCCACUUGCCGCUGUGAACGAAAUUCUAGAUCAAGUGUGA